ACUUUUACAAAAAUGUGACUGCAAAAGAAAAGGAAAAAGAAAAAGAAAAAGAAAAUCAGAUUCAAAUUAAACAACCCUAACCCUAGUUUUAUUAGGAUUGCAUACACACGGCCACGGGACGGAGAUAUAUAAAUUCACGUUUCCCUACCCCUUUUUUUCCAUCAAUAUCUCAACCGACCCGUUUGUUCUCCGUUCCAGUGGAUUUCAUCCUGACCUCCUUUCUGCCAUUCUUUUGAGAUUUGGCUUCGUAUUCUUCAACCCUUUUGGUUGCUUCUUCUUCAUCUUGUUAUCCCUAAAUAAAUUCAAGAUUUUUCCUUUGUGAAUGGUGGAAAUCUCGAGCGCACAAUUAAUGGUCAUCCCUUCUUCUACGAGAAGGGGGAUUUCGAUUUCGGCCGCGAACUCUUUCUGCUUUGGAUCCUGCAUGGAAGGCUGGUACUACCGCUGCCUCGGCCUCGACCCUUGAAUUCUUGAUUUUUGUUUUUUUGUUUUUGGUUUUGUGCAACGAGCCCUUCUCUUCUUUGAUUGAAUUCUUUGAUUCUCUCUCUUUUCAUUCGCAAUUUUUUAACGUCUCGUAAAGAAAUCUUAAGAAAAUCGAAGAAAAAUAAAAUGUUGCUUUACAAGCAGAAGAAGAAUCAGCCCUUUAAAGGGAAUCGGUUCUUGAUUAGCGUUACGGUGCUCGGUAGUGCUGGGCCCAUUCGAUUCGUGGUCAAUGAGGACGAGCUUGUUGCUGCUGUGAUUGAUACUGCUCUGAAAUCGUAUGCGCGCGAGGGGAGGCUUCCUAUUCUUGGAUCUGACCUCAAUAAUUUUAUGCUCUAUUGCCCAAUUGCUGGAACUGAAGCGCUGAGUCCAUGGGAGACAAUUGGGUCAGCCGGUGUUCGGAAUUUCAUGCUGUGCAAGAAGCCUCAAACUGAGAAUUCCAUCGACAGUGAGAAGUCAUCUGCAAUCUCCCGGAAGGGAUCUGGAAGCUGGAAGGCUUGGUUUCAUAAAUCUCUCAAUCUCAAGAUAUCUUCUCAUUGAAUAAGUCUUAUUUCAAUCAUUGGGGAAUUCUAUUGGUGUUUAGGAUUCUCAUGUUUGUCUUUGGUAAUGAUUCCAUUGUCUAUUUUGUGGGCAGUUUUCUGCCUGGUCAGCUGUUUCUUAAGUUCACCGUCAUGAAUAAUGUAAACCUUUGUGGUUUUGUUGCUUAAUAAAAUAGACUUGCUUGUCAAGUUCAUCUUUAA